AUGAAGGAAAAUGUGACAUCCACAGACGUUCUCAUUCUGCUACUUUUUCUUAACACUGGUCUUCUGAAUGGACAGUCACCUCCUGGAAAACCUGAGAUCUUAAAAUGUCGUUCUCCUGAAAAGGAAACAUUCACCUGCUGGUGGAAGCCUGGGACAGAUGGAGGACUCCCCACUAAUUACACGCUGACCUACCACAAGGAAGGAGAGACGCACACCUAUGAAUGUCCAGACUACAACACCGGUGGCCCCAACUCCUGUUACUUUAACAAGAAGCACACCUCCAUAUGGAAGAUAUACAUCAUCACAAUAAAUGCUACUAACAAGAUGGGAAGCAGUUCCUCAGAUCCACGUUAUGUGGAUGUGACUUACAUAGUUGAACCAGACCCUCCGGUGAACCUGACUUUGGAAGUAAAACAACCAGAAGACAGAAAACCAUAUCUGUGGGUGAAAUGGUUUCCACCCACGCUGGUUGAUGUAAGAUCUGGUUGGCUCACGCUCCAGUACGAAAUUCGAUUAAAACCCGAGAAAGCAGCUGAGUGGGAGACCCAUUUUGCUGGGCAGCAGACACAGUUUAAGAUUCUCAGCUUAUAUCCAGGACAGAAAUACCUUGUCCAAGUUCGCUGCAAGCCAGACCAUGGAUUCUGGAGUGAAUGGAGCCCAGAGAGUUUUAUUCAGAUACCUAGUGACUUCACCAUGAAAGAUACAACCAUGUGGAUCUUUGUGGCUGUUCUUUCUGCUGUCGUCUGUUUGAUUACCGUCUGGGCAAUGGCUUUGAAGGGCUACAGCAUCGUGACCUGCAUCUUUCCACCAGUUCCUGGGCCAAAAAUAAAAGGAUUUGAUACUCAUCUGCUGGAGAAGGGCAAGUCUGAAGAACUACUGAGUGCCCUGGGAUGCCAAGACUUUCCUCCCACUUCUGACUGUGAGGACUUGCUGGUGGAAUUCUUAGAAGUGGAUGACACUGAGGACCAGCAGCUAAUGCCAGCCCAUUCAAAAGAACAUCCGGGUCAAGAUGUGAAACCCACACACGUGAAUCCUGACAAUGACUCUGGCCGAGGAAGCUGUGACAGUCCUUCUCUUUUAUUUGAAAAGUAUGUGGAACCCCGGGCCAAUCCCCCCACAUUCCACAUUCCUGAGGUCAUUGAGAAGCCAGAGAAUCGUGAAACAAGUAUUACCUGCACCUGGGACCCCCAGAGCAUAAGCACGGACAACAACAUCCCCUACUUUCAUGCCGGCGGGUUCAAGUCCUCAACGUGGCCUUUGCCACUGCCCAGCCAGCACAACCUCAGAUCUUCUUACCACAACAUUGCUGAUGUGUGUGAGCUGGCCCUGGGCACCGCAGGGGCGCCGGCCACUCUGUUAGACAAAGCAGACAAAAACGCUUUGAAAUCCUCUCUAACCAUUAAGACUGGAGGGGAGGAAAGGGCAGCUGAGCAGAGGGAGGUGGAAAACUUCCAUCCCAAGACUGACCAAGACACAGUGUGGCUGCUGCCCCAGGAGAAAACACCCUUUAGCUCUGCUAAACCCUUGGAUUACGUAGAGAUUCACAAUGUCAACAAAGACGGAGUGCUAUCAUUGCUUCUGAAACAGAAAGAGAGCAGCGACCAGACAGAGAAGCCUGGGGCUCCUGAAACCAGUAAGGACUAUGCUAAGGUGUCCAGGGUUAUGGAUAACAACAUCCUGGUGUUAGUGCAAGAGCCACGAGCUCAAAAUGUGGCUGUGGAUGAAGAAUCAGCCAAGGAGCCUCCACCAUCACUUGAAGAGAAUCAAGCUGAGAAAGACCCAGCCUGCUUCACCAGAACACCAAGCAACUGCAGACUCCAGCUGGGCGGGCUGGAUUACCUGGAUCCCGCAUGUUUUAUGCGCUCCUUUCACUGA